CAACACAUACACGCACGCUCGCCACACACAAACUUCCUUGCUGACUUCAGCUUCUUCGCCGUACAGCAAGGGUUCGGAGCGCCAACCAUGCCAAAGAAUAAAGGAAAGGGAGGAAAGAACCGCAGGAGAGGUAAAAACGAGAACGAGAGCGACAAACGGGAACUAAUCUUCAAAGAGGCCGGUCAAGAGUACGCCCAGGUCAUCAAGAUGCUUGGCAACGGUCGUCUGGAGGCCUACUGCUUCGACGGGACCCAGAGACAGUGUCACAUCAGAGGGAAACUCAGAAAGAAGGUGUGGAUCAACCAGGGAGACAUUGUCCUAAUUGGCCUGAGGGACUACCAAGACGCUAAAGCAGACGUGAUUCUUCGCUAUAAUCCCGACGAGGCCAGGAACCUCAAGACAUACGGAGAGCUCCCCGAAUCAGCCAAGUUGACGGAAGUUGGAUAUGGGGCGGGAGAGGAUGAAGACGUUCUCUUUGAUGAAUUAGCAGACGAUCAAGACGACGACCUCGAUGAGGCAAUUGAUGAUGUAAGACUCUUUAAAAAACAAUUGUAUUAGUUUCAUUAUCAGCACCUCUCUCCCUCUCUCUCUCUCUCUCUCCCUCUUCUCACAGGUGUAGAUGAUGUUCACACAGCCAAGUGCAUUAAAAAAACAGCAAAAAAAUUUUGCACAUACAUAUUUCAUAUUAUUGUGAUCUGCAAAAACUGUGUUAUUGUGCUUGUUUUUUGGUCUAUGACAAUAUUUGCUGUGUAGUCAAUUCAGCGUGAAAACUCCAUUAUUGACUGUGAGAUUGUAAAAUGGUUCUGACUACCUAGAGUGUCUCGAUACACAUGGCGAUGCCCAUGCCUCCUCCGAUACAGAGAGCUGCCACACCCCUCUUUCCUCCCCUGUCGGCCAUUACGUGGAGCAGUGUAACUAGAAUCCGGCACCCACUGGAUCCUAUUGGGUGACCCAGUGCUAUGGCCCCUCCACACACAUUCACCUGCCAUAAUAAUGAUAAUGAUAUAUACCUAGCACAGAAGUGCUGAACCAGAAAUAUAAUUUUCUCCAUUGCAAAAAUGGAUCAGUGUUUGGUGGUUGGGGUAAAACAAAUAACGAGAGAGGUAGUAACUAAUUACAUACCUUCUCAGGGUCAAUCCCAAGUUCCCUCACUACCGCCAGAGACUGGGCAGCAAACGCUUCGUUGA